GUGUGUGUGUAUGUGUAUGUACAUCAACCUCUCCCUCACCUCCACCACAUAUACAGCGCCACCACCUCCUCUAAGAACACAAGUGAACCAAGGAACAUCUACGUGAUCGCUUUACUUGCCAGAAACAGCAGCUAAAUUUCCCUCAAAAACAAAAGAAAAAAGUGAGAGAUAUCGGAUGAUAAAUUCCUAGAUAUGCCUUCCGAUAAGAAACGGAGGGCAUAUCUUCAAUCGUGGGUCAGCUCGAUGAAAACUAAUCAGACAGACCUUAAACAGCAACAACAAACACACCAAUUUAAUAUUCUCAAACAAAAACCAGUGAACUGUCGGUCGGGUAUUUCUUACAGGGUGACCAUUUUUCGCCUAACACCGGUUGUCUUCAUUUCUCGUGUCUAGCAAUCAUCCUGAUUCUUUCUUUAUCUUCUCUCAUGUCUCUUCGGCAAGAUUGCUCCACUUUCCAUCCAUUUUCUUCAAAAUGUUUGAGACUUUUGUCUUGAGACUCAAACAAGAAUCUUGUUGAAGGACCAUUCAGCAAAAAAAUACCUUAGCAACCAAAAACCAAAAAUGUUUCUUAGAAACCAACGAAACCAUUAAAGGAUGGUGCACAGUGCAAACGUAAGUCAAGGAGGCAGCGAUGCACCGGCCAGCGGCAGCGGCAGCAGCAACAACAGCAAUACCGAACUCGCUUGUGCUUACAUUGACUUCCUCAUCCUCGGAGUCAUGUUCAUCCUGUACUCGUUAUGGUGGACCGUGCAAACGACCCGCAUCUUCUUCUUCAUGAGGUGGAAACACGUCGAGUUUCAUUCGUCGCUCGUCUACCCCUGCAGCAAGCAACGCUGGAAGCAGCUGAUACAGAGUUUCAUCGAGAUCUGCCUCAUCAUCUGUGGCCUUUUACUCGUCACAAAUUACCGACAUGUGCCUGGAAUCAACUGGGUCGGUGGUGGCGCUGGAGCGGGUGCCGAACUGAACGACGCUAAAAAUAGUAUGUUGAAAUUGCGGUCUUGUAUAAUCCUUGUGGCUUUCGGACUCUCGUGUUUGGUGAACAUCGGGUCACAGACGUGCACUUAUAGCCUGCCGCAGGGCCUCGACUACUGCAUCUUCAUAUUCGCGUUCGGCGUCGAGGCAAUUCUGUUCGGUCACUACGUCAUGGACGAUGAACGAGACGACAGCCUGGCUUCGAUCGGUGAGAACUUGGUCACUUACUGUGCCAUUAUGACCGUCGUGGUGACCAUACUGGAGUUCCACUAUCGCAACCAGGUAGUCUUCCCAUUCGUACGCUCGUUCGUCACACUCGUGCAGGGCACGUGGCUGUGCCACUACGGCACGAUCAUCUGCUCCCCGUACAAGUGGGACAUCACGGACUACAACAUCAGCAUUCUGUCCACGUACUUUGCGGCCCAUGGCAUGGCCAAUUUCAUAGUCAUCUUCAUCAUCUGGCUCAUCACAUACAAACUGGCGCUCACUGACCGAUGUUGUUGCUUACCGGUCAGUCUGGAGAAAACCAACGAAGUCUUCCUCGAAAACCGAGUCCAUUUCAACUACCACAUGCUGGACAGACUCGGUUCAGAUGCCGAAUAAUAGCAAACAACAACAACAGCAACAACAAUAAUAAUUAUAAUAAUAAUGGUAAGAGGGAAAGCAGAGAAUUGAAGAACGGUAAGAAGGGAAAGAAAACGUAAGAACUGUCAUUCCUCAGAUAAUGAGUAUAUUUUUUAUUAUUAUUUAUUUUAUCAUUUUUUUAUUUAUAGUAUUUUUUUGUAUAUGUAAUCUUAUAUAUAUGUAUAUAUACAUAUAUAUAUAUAUU